AUGGGCCUCGUGCCCUCCCGCGAGUCUCUCUACGAGACUCCGGCAGCCACCUUGCAGCCGCGCGCACUGCCCUUCAUCAGCCGCGCAGCGGAAAACUACAUGUACAAGACGAACCGCACGGGACGUGUAUUUGGCUCUGGCAUGGCGUUGGGCUCUGCCGGAGACGCGCCGAGGCCAACAGCGCUGCUGAAUGGUGUGCCAACCGCCGAACUUGCGAACAAGAUUAUGGAGGCUGACCUGAACGCCGUAUUUAUCGAGGACCCGGCAGAGGCGACCGCGGCGGUGGCUGCGAGCCGAGGAAGCCGUCGAGGCUCUGCCAAAAGCACUGAAGCGCAGUGCAGAGGCCGCGACGCCGGCACCCUAGCGCUGGAGACCCCCGCAGCAGAGGCGCUCAGGCAGGGCAGGGUGCCGUAUGUGUACUACUACGAACACCGCGCGCUCCCUCUCACCACGGAGUUCUUCCCCUCCCCAGAUUGUGUGCUCUUCCGCCAGCUGUGGCAUGCGCGAAAGCAGCAGAACCCGCGGUAUCACUUCCAGCUCGAUCACACGUGGUCGCCUGGGGCCCUGACAGACCCGACGGCAGUGUAUGAGUCCUUCACCGAGCUGGCGACGCGCAACAUGACUGACAUUCAAGCGGCCUGCUUGUCAGCGGGGCAGCCGAUAACAAAGGAGAACCUUGCACAGGCGCAGGGGCAGCUGCAGGCGGCCGUGCGAGCCUUGAACGGCGGCGACGUCGGUAUGGGGCACUGCGCCACUUCAUCUGCAGGAUCUCAGCGCACUCGAGUACCAUUCGCUACGCGCAAGGAGUUUUACAACCUCGUCGUCCUCACAACAAAGGAAUCCGUGAUCUACGACACUAAUCAGGAGCUGCGCGCCGCCGUCUGCGGCGCGGCAACGUCUGGUGAGGCGAUGCGUAAGCGCACCGGUAAAGCCGGUAGGGAGCCUGCGGCAGAGGAAAGCAGUAGGGCGGAAAGAGAUUGUCAGCGCUUGCGUCCUGUGCCGUGCGCCGUUGUCCUUGUUCGACGCUGCAUGCCUGCGCACGAGUACCGGUACACAUACUUCGUCGCAAAUAACGAGCGCCAUCACAAGGCAAGCUCCGGCGCCGCUGGAGCUUCUAGUCGCCGUCGAGGCGCGGCCAAUGCCUGUGGAACAGGCGAAGCGCAUCAACUGCAGCAGAGGGAGUCGCACUCGACGUUGGUGUGUGGUGAUAGUGUGCGCGCGGCUGUGGAGGAGUUACAACCAGUCGACCAAACCCCUCAGGGUGAGGUCGACGAUGACGAGUUGACGGUGCCAUGGGUGCAGGUGCGUGCACCGCAAGCGCCGCUCGGCCUUGCCGAGCUGCGAGUGGUGGGCAUGUACGGCUGCUGGACUGUUGAAGAGAUUCUACGACACACCCUUUUUGCCCCGACAGUGCACACCUCCUCUGAUCCUGAUGUUGCGGCAGACUCUAUCGCAACGCAGAAUUCGCCAGCACGAGAGGCGCAUGUGGAGGCAGUGCUGCGUCGCGCCGCACCGCACGGUGUUCCCUCGUCGACGCUGGUGAACACUGCCUUCUUUGAGAAGCAGGUGGGCGACAAGGAGCAGUGUCACACGUACUUCGCCUUGUGCCGCCUCUUUGCUCACGGGAUGCGAAGGUGCAUCUUGGGCAACACGUCAGACAAGGCGGCGGUGACGAGCACGGGAGACCACGCUGCGUGCGAACAGACCUCCGCGGAUGACGAGGUGCCCGACGAGCCAUCACAGCAGACGGGCGAGGCGUCGACGGAGCGUCAGAGAGCAGACCCGGCUUGGCAAGACUUCAUAGGCGCCCUCUCUGGAGGUGCGUCGGCAACGUCGGCUUUUGGUGACCUCGCCAACUGCUUUCUUAUUCGCUUCUCGAACAUUCCGCAGCUGCAGCUGUGCCGGCAAAUCCGACGCAUGUUGACGGAGCUGCAAGGCAUAUAUCCUGCUCCGCCGUCGCUGGAGGGCUUCCAGGCAGCUCAGCGCCAGCGAAACAUGGUGGCUAUGUCAAGGAAGGUCGGCACCAGCAACGGCGCAGGCACCGGGGCUGCUCAGGGAGGCGACCAAAGCGCUCAUCGUAGCCCUCCGCUGAAAUGCCGCAACGGCGAUGAGGACACUACUGCGCCGCCGAGACUUCAGGGAGAAAGCGAGUCCUCCCUGAUGGACAGCACUGGCGCGCAGCCGUCUGCUGUCGCGAAGACGGAUGACAAGCAGCAGCAUGAAGGCGUCACCAUCGCUAAGCGAUGUGGAAAGCUUGCAGUCCUGCCGCUGUCGCUCGACCCCGAGGCAAUCGCCGAGGGUCCGCAUCAGCUGUGUGAGAGGGAUCGACUGGAGCGGGACGGAUUCUGCUGUUACGCGUCGCACGGCCUGGUCGUGUUCCGGCUCAGCCGGGUGGCAGUCGCCCGCGCGCUGAACCAGCUGAGUUUUGCACCACUGCACGACUCUGUCGAGGCGCUCUGUGUUACCUUGACGGCUGCCGCACCACCUCCGCUGACUUACCGUGGCGAGUUGCGACCACCAGCGAGGCUGCGAACGCACACGAUGGCAGCGACAGCAGCAGAUGUGGGCCGCUCAGGCGAGGAGGUGGAGGACGGAGACAACAAGAUGAGAGGCGGCGCUGUGACAAGCGCUGAGGCGCACUCCCCAGAGGCCCUUGCGAACAUGUACAACAAUGCAGUGCGGUACUCCUCCUGCGCGACUGGCUUCUCGAUGGAGCCGCUGUGGCCGAUAAAGCUGGACAGCGCUUCGUGGGCGACACACGCGACGGCGCUCGAGGACACGCCUGAUGAGUUGAUUGGUGUCCUUCCGCGUAACUCGAUCGAGCAGCGUCGCGGGCGUCUGCUCCCGCUGCGUGGUGUCGUCAUGUCAGAGGGAGCGGCGGCAGCAGCCAACGGUGCGUGCAACGGAGGGGCUGCGCAUCAAGGUUGCAGUUCCGGCGCAUCUGCACCGUCACAGCCCCAUCAGCAGCGCCACAGUCAGUCUGCAUUGUCUUCGACACCCGCGUGCGCGCUGUUUCCGGUGGAUGUGUACACGGUCUCUGCUGAAUUGGACGGCAUGCCGUUUCGCGAAUUGGUGGAGAUGAUGCACCAGGAGCAGCAGCAGCGUUGGCAGUUGACAGCCUGCGGCGCCUCACAGGAGAGCACGCUGCGCUUGAUGAUUGAGUCGGUGGACGCUCAAGGCAACAUCGAGCCGGACAGCGUGUUGAACUGGAGCCCGAUGGCGGCGCUCGGAUCGCUGCGGUGGAAGCGGGCCCUGGCGGCGGCGGGGUGCGGGUAUGCUGGAGCCAGUGGGGAUCGCAGCAAUGCGGCUGCCGAGGUGGCUGGCAUGCGAAGCAUGUCGACACUGUCGGCAAACGUGCCGGUAUCGCAAGGGGUUGUCUCCAUUUUUGUGCGUGAGCCGGAGCGCAUAUUGCACACCGGCGACAGGAUUCGUUUUUCACCACACCGUGGUGGGUCGCCGAACUCUGGCGGGCGCAACUCUCCCAUGGCCGCUUCAGGCAGUGGUACUCCGCACACCCGGUCACGCGGCGGAGGCAACGCGAACUCGGGAACCUCACAGCACGGCUACUGGUAUGUCGACGACAACUUGACCACGGAGGACAUGAUCUUGUCGUGGAUGCGCCGCGUCGGUGGCCGCGCUCGCGAGACCUGCGGCACAGAUACUAAGUGGGUGCGCUUCCCCGAGCCCGUGCUGCAGGUCCUGCUGCGCUUCGCGCACACGUGCCGCCAGCAGCCGGGCGGUGAAUGGCUCGCCACGGGACACGCGCUACGUCCUCUGCACCCGGCCGACGAGGAGCUGGUGGAGCCGGACCUGCUGCAGAACUACCCCGAUAUCUUGCGCACGCGCCGCUUCCGACAGUGGCGCUUUUCCCACGACGGCUACGUAUACUUUCACGGCGUCACUGUGCGCAUCCCGGGCUCCUCUCCGCUGCCGUCGCACCCGCCACCCGCGGCAGUCAUGACCGCCGCAGCGCACCAUGCAGCGAUCCACAAUUGCGGCGAGAUGACCUUUGGUAUGUGUGGCAGACGCAGUCCAGGCUUGGCUGUCGUGUCGAGCGCCCGUGCCGCUUUCGAGCCUCCGCAGCAGCAGUCGGUGGUGCCGCAGCAACGUUCUGUGAUGCAGUACGGUGCAGAGUCGCAGCCGUCGGACGUUAUGCCACAUAGUGGUAGCGGAGAAGGCGGAGGCGGCCAGUACGGUGCCGGCGCUGCCACUGGCGGUCCCGCAUACUAUGCAGAUCAAGCGAUGUAUUCUAUCAUGGGUGGCAGUGGUAGCAUGCCUAGAAAGCAUUACGACCCCUCGAUGGCAUCUCAGCAGCUGCAUCCGUGCCUUUCAGCACUGCCUCGACAUCAGCAGUUUUCUCAGCACGUGCCCCAGCAGUAUUCAACGCAGCAACUUUCCCAGAAAACGCAGCACGUCGGCGGCGCUUUUCUUCACCACACAAUGCAGCCGCAGCAGCCGCAGCAGCCGCAGCAGUACCGAGGGCCGAAGGCACAUUAUGCAUGCACUGACCACUCUUCUAUGGUGGGUGGCAGUGAGCAGGAAGCGACGCCAUCCGGCUAUUACGGUAAUUCCUCGUCCAGCGCGGCCGAAGGGGCGGGCGGGGCGAGGCCUUCGCCGCCCAAUACAAUAAAUGGGUUCCACCUCAACGACGCUGAUCUUCUGCAGAGCAACGCCGCUGCCACCAGCAGCAGCAUCAACCAGCAGCCGGAGUACCAGCCCAGAGGCUACCAUAGCCACCACGCUGAUGGAGGGAGUUUCAGCGAAGGAACGUCCGUCGGUGGUACAGGGUUCUUCGUCGAUUACCCUGACGGCACAUUUUACGAGUCCUCGGACAGAGCACACUCUGCCGCCACAAUGGUGGUACCGGCACAGGUGACGAGUAGCUUCUACGGGGGUAUCUACAACCCAUCUGUAGAGCAGCUUCCCCACACGCCGCAGCAGCAACAACAGCAGCAGCAGCAGCAGCGGUACAGGUCUCAGGCGCAUUCGCCAUUCAAUGUUUGCGAACCAGCCAGCGGUCAUGCGAGUGGGUCGCGACGCGUUGACAAUACGCUUCUGGCCUACGGACUACCGCCAAACGCGGCUGGCAUCGUGCCCCCUGGCGAAGAAGUACCGAAUCCGUCGAUGGUAGCUGCCGGGUGCGGGCGAGACCAGGAGGAAGCCACAAGUUCGUCUUCAGAGCCGUUUAUGAUGCAUGUGGCGAGCGGCGACCAACAGCACCAGCAACACUCCCGGCAACAGCCUCACUCAUCGAUGCUUCCACCGCCGUCUGCGCCAGCUCCUCCUCCUCCGCCGCAGCAGCCAAUGAAUCUCUCCUUACACGGGGAAGGCGACCGGGCGGGCCACGCGGCCGAGCGGCGCACAACAGAUGACUAUCCACCUCGCCGGAGCCCCACCACAAUCCUCGCAGCCACAGCUGUGACCGUAUCGGCAGCAAAGCCAACGUCUCAGACGUUGAUCAUCCAGACGCUACGCGGUGCUCACCCGGCUGUGGGACAUCGCGCACCGCCAGUAGCGUCUUUUGCUCCUGACGUUAUCGACCCCUUGCCUCUCAGCCCCAGCGGAGGCAACACGCGUCCGGUGAUGACGCCGAAAGACCGCACUGCCGAAGGCGUUGACAGUGGAGCCGAUAUUGUAAGCGAUUGCAGUACGUCUAGCCGGCCGACGCGAGCGCGUGUGGUGCCGGGCUGUAAUCCAGAUUUGUCAUCCACCACGCAGCAGACGCGUGUCGGCGCACAACAAGUGUACCAGCAGUCUCAGCAGCAACAACAACAGCCGCUACAACAAGGUCAGGCACCUCCUCCGCGUUCGCCUCAGCUGGCAUCCGGCCCUGGCUCGUUCCGCGACACCAUCACCACGGAUGUGAUUGAGGCGGACAGCAUCACCGUGCGCGUCAUGCAGCGCAAACCGUCGAUGGCUCGCCAGUCAUCGUACAACGGGGCUACGGGUGGAGCAGUAGCGUCCGGCUAUAGGACCGGCAGCGGUGCCUUCGGAAACUCAUCCAACAUUGCUGGUGACGGUAGCGCCCCAGACGCCUUCUCGCCCUCGCCGAUGGGCUACGGUGCUAUGGGCGUGUCACCUUCUGGUGGUCUUGAAAGCAUGCGAGACGAAGCGAACUCCAUGCACCGCAAGACCGGCGGCGUCUCAGCCAACGACAGCCGAACUGUACCGGAGCUCCGGUCCUAUAGGCUGUCUCAAGUGCGGACCUCGACCACAGGGCAUCAAGUGGCUUCUGGACGUAGCGCCGCUGCUUCCUUUGCGGUUCCUCAGCUUCAGCGGCAGAGCAGUAUGAUGGGUUCUUCAUCACCCACGCAGCGGACGAGUCAGCGCAUCUCACACAAUCCGUACACAACUGCUGGCGCCCUGUGUGCCACACCGCUAGCAACCGCUGCGGGGCUGUCGAUUCACUCACAGGGUGGCGCUGGCGGCUGUAAGGCUGGCAGCAGCGGGCCAUAUGACUCCUUUGCGGACGCACUCGACAACCGCUACGGCAGCGCCAGCGACUUCAACGCCAGCGUUUCUGCCUUUCCACUGAGCCUUGCCCACAACGCCCACGGUACGACGCAUGGUACGUACUACUUGCGGUGUGCGGGUGACCCGACAGGGUUCAGGAGCAGCCCUGCAACCUCUCAGCGACCAAGUUUCUACCCGUCGCAACGCGCUGCAGGCGACGUGGACGACUCGUCCCGCGCGGGUCAACAGCAAGAGGGGCGACAUGAGUCAUACGCGUCCUUCUAUGAAGGUGCCGAGGGUGCACCGGCGUCGACACACUACUCCGACAUUUACCAAAACGCCGCCGCUGAUGGCACAACGCAGGGCUUCUUCUUCUCCAUGGGCGAGUACGAGGAAACUGGCAACUCCGCAGAGGAGCUGUACGGCGGUAGCCCCGACUAUCAAAUCUCGCAAGGCCAUGUGCGGCCACUGGAAGGGAAGAUGAAUAAGAGUGUCGGGCGUGGAGGCAGUGCCUACGGAGGCGUGCCUCUGCCUACUCGUAACAUGCAUCACCAACAACAGCAGCAGCGCAGCGUGGGUGGUGGUAAUGCGUGUAAUGGUGGCGCGUACGAGGACAGCACUCCAACGAGUGCGCUUCCGUACUCCUCACAGUCUCAGCAGCAGCACGCCUAUAGCCCCACAUCGGCAGCUUUUCAAAGGCAUUAA